AUGCCUCGUAAAAGUGGACGCUUCGGCGACACCAAGGCUGAUGACUAUGUGAAACCUAUUUUCCAAAGGAGGCAAGACGAAGAGCUGCAAAAGAGUCGAGCAAAGCCGCUGCAGAAGGCUGUAGAGAAUCGUACAGUACAGGUCGAAGGGUCUGACUCGCGGGACUCACGCAGCAAGCGACAGACUGGAAACCGUGGAAACCAGCGCAAGCGGCCGAGGGAGGGCACGUUAAAAGUCGCAAAUCAAAAGCUUGCAAAGUCCAACACAGGUCAGGUUUCAGCCUCUUCAAGCCUGGUUCAGAGCGGCUCUUCAGAGCCAAAGGAACGAGACCAAAUAUUCACGACUGCUGGCACGGAAAAGCUCCACGAGUGUGCUCCUGGGGAAGAAUGCCGCGGUUCAAUCGUGUUCCUAGUUCUAUGCGUCCGGCAUUAUAUCCGGGAUCAAGCCUAUUGGUUUACGGUCAACGGCACAAAAGAUGAAAUCCCUGAGAUGGAUGCAGAUGCGUAUGACAUUACCGUCUGCAAUCCGGUUGAGCAGACGAAAACACGCUUUUGCCUACACCCACAUUUGAAUUCAAUCGUCCAGUCCGGUGACCUAGAUCGAGGGAGCAUUUUAGAAAUAAGAAAAUGGUCAGUUCGUUUCAACGAAUUGCGCGGACUCUACCCGCCUCGAGUAAUCGUUGUGUAUGACUGUCUCGUACUACGUCGACCCCACGAGGAUUUUUGGAUAGACGUUCCCCUGACAUGCGCUUGGACAACGUCAUCCACCCCGCUUGAGACUGCUGCAAAUGUCCCUUUGGCAUCGUCGAGAAAGAGUUAUCUUGGUCCUGGAGCGUUUGAUGCCUUACCUGUCGAUUCCAGAUUGCGAGACCCUAGCAACGUAGAGCGUGUCGAAGACCCAGCUUCGAUUAAAUCAGUCACUAGUGCAGCGGUGCGCAUCGCCAGGGCGCUGAUGGGAGACGUGAAGCGACCAAUCAUCGGGCGCGUCCUCAGAAAGACGUCCCUAAUGCCAUGGCCGAAAAAGAGUGACAUGCGGCAGUCAGUGCCAUUCAAAUUCGAAUUUGAGAUAGGUGACGGUGCGGAUUCUGCUACUGUUGUCGUGUGGAAUUCGCUUUGUUCCAAAUAUUUUUAUCACAUUCAACUCGGUGACAUCCUUAUCAUAGAGAAUUACCGUGUACGCAGAGGCGAGAUUCACCUGAAUGCAUCAUCGCCCCAGGGCAUUAUUCGGAAGCUUUCAGAUAAUUAUGAGGAGUUACUUGAUUUCGGACCUAUUGCAAAGCUUGGCGGUGGUCGAACGGGUGAACUCUACCACCCCUGCAUUCUUACCAGCGCUCUGGAUGCAUGGGACGACCGCUCGUAUUUCUCUCUAGCAUGCAUUGUGACACAUGUGUCACCUCUGUAUCGAGAGCGCGGGACGUACAGGUCUGCAGAACGGACGAGUGCACCGCAAAUACUGAGUGCAUCAGAUGACUACUACAUUUUUAGGAAAUAUAGAAUCAUUUUGGCGCGCGAUGGAUCCGAAGCGCGAGACGUCUGCAUUCGCCUUUAUGAAACCUCCCAACGCGAUGCAUUUGAUGCUAUCUGCGUUCCAGGUGCGGCAAUCCUGCUAACAUCCCUCGAAAAGCGAGAGCUGUACAAUGCUCCUUUUGAUGGUGUCAGCAUCAUGGAGGUACAUUCGACCCGAUGGACCUCAAUGUACCUGCUAGAUGGAGUAAGAGAACAGCAAAAAAGAACGGAGGGCACGAGCCUCCCUGAAAAUAUUCCGAAAGUAAUUCUGCAGGAUCGUCUUGUUCGUCGUAUACUGGCAUUAGCUCGAUGGAUUCAAUCCUCGGAGGGGAAAAAAUCUGUCAAGAUACGUCAAACAUUCGCACUUGGAAGGAUCCAGCAUAGCACCUUUCGAUACACUGACACGCUAGAGCAAUUAGCAGCACUGUAUGGAGGCCAGGAGAAAAUUGAAAACCUUUGCAUUGAGUUUGAGCGACUUAGAGCAGUCCAGUCGGAAAUCUUUCUACGAGAAAGACGAGAGGUUCUGGUAUACGGAUAUCUUUCGUGCUUCAGAUCCACCUCAAAACCUGAGAAGGCUCAGCUCGAGGAAGCGAAGGCUUUAGGGCUAGCAGGAUCCUCAUUCGCUACUGUUUACUUCGAUGAGAUUCACAUUGGGCACCUUCGCGCUCUGAAUGACAACAAUAGCUGGAUCCCUGUCGUCAUCACCCCUGGAAGAACUGUUUUCGGGUCAGGGAUCGCCAAAACUUACAACAAACGCACAGCAUUUCUGGGUCGCUUCGGCGCAAGCUUGCGCGGCUCGCUACGUGAGAAGGGACUCGCCGCUAUUCGUAACAAACCAAUGGCUUGCCUGCUGGCUCUGUAUCGCGCGGCACCGGGAUGUGAUUUUGCUCUUUUGGAAGUCGCCUAUGAGUUUCCAUAA